UCCUGUCCACUGAAAAUCGGAGGCGCUAGUCAUACGCCAAAGGACUAGGGAGAGAAAGAGAGUGAGAUGGGGUGGGCAAUCGCAUUACAUGGGGGCGCCGGCGAUAUCCCACUCUCGCUGCCACCAGAACGCAGAGAGCCACGCGAGGCCGCCCUUCGGCAUUGUCUCCAAGUUGGCGUUGCAGCUUUAAAGGCCCAACGACAUCCCUUGGAUGUUGUUGAGCUUGUGGUUCGUGAAUUAGAAAACAACCCACACUUCAAUGCAGGCAGAGGAUCUGUUUUAACUACCAAAAGCACAGUGGAAAUGGAGGCUUGCAUAAUGGAUGGCAAUACAAAGAGGUGUGGGGCUGUUUCUGGUCUUUCAACUGUUGUGAAUGCCAUCUCUCUUGCUCGACUUGUGAUGGAGAAAACUCCCCAUAUUUAUCUGGCAUUUGAUGGAGCAGAGGCAUUUGCAAGGGAGCAGGGUGUUGAAACUGUAGAUGCAAUCAAUUUCAUUACUCCAGAAAAUAUCGAAAGAUUAAAACAAGCAAAAGAAGCAAACAGAGUGCAGAUAGAUUACACACAGCCCAUUCAAAUGGACCCAACAAAAGAAAAACCCAUUGUUGAUGGUGAUAGCCAAAUUGGAACUGUUGGGUGCGUGGCAGUCGAUGGCGAAGGAAACUUAGCGACUGCAACUUCCACGGGUGGAUUGGUUAACAAGAUGGUGGGGAGGAUUGGAGACACCCCUGUCGUAGGAGCUGGAACAUAUGCCAACAGUUACUGUGCAGUGUCUGCGACGGGCAAAGGUGAAGCAAUUAUCCGAUCUACCGUUGCUCGGGAUGUAGCUGCACUUAUGGAGUAUAAAGGGCUUUCCUUGAAGGAAGCUGCCUCUUAUGUUGUAGAGGAGUGUACUCCCAAAGGCACUUGUGGCCUGGUUGCGGUGUCUGCUACAGGAGAAGUCACCAUGCCAUUCAACACAACAGGCAUGUUUAGGGCUUGUGCUACAGAAGAUGGGUAUUCUGAAAUCGGAAUUUGGCCGCCUUCUGCAGAAAACUGAGUGAAUAUGAGAUGCUACAUUCAGGUAGUUGUGUUCAAUUAGCAAAGCAAACUGAAACCACAAUUGAAAAUUGUAGUAUUUGCA